AUGAUGCAAGCUGUAGCCACCCAGGCCAAGGCUUUCCCUUUCCACAGAUCCAAGGGGGUUGUCAGCAACAUGCAGAUCUCAGCUGGCUGGAUGCACUCAGGAUACCCUAUCAUGUGCCACCUGGAGUCAGUGCAGGAGCUCAUUAAUGAGUCAGGAAUGAGAAGCAAAGGUCUGUGGGGAGCCAUCCACGAGCUGGGCCACAACCAGCAACGGCAUGGCUGGCAGUUCUCCUCACAGACCUCAGAGACCACAAGCAGCCUCUGGUGCGGGGAGAACUUCAGGCAGGAUCAGAAGCAGCUCCUGGAAGGCAUCACGGAACUGGACCUCAACAGAGGGGGAAUCCCCUCAUACCUGCUGGUGCACGGGCCCCUGGCCUUUCCCCUGGGGCUGGACAGCUCUCUAAACUGCUUUCUAGCAGCUGCCCGCUAUGGCCAUGGUCGUGUGGUGCUGUGUGGCCAUGAGAGCAUGGUAUUUGAAAGCAACAUGGCAAAGUUUUUGAUCAACGCUGUACGCUGGCUGAAAGGGCAGCAGAAGGGGAAGGUUGGGGUGAGUCCACAAGUGAAAGCUUUGGGCAACUUGUUAACAAAACACGACGUGGAGUGGACCAGCACCACCCUUCCAACCCGCGACUUGAGCGUCUACUGCUGUGCCUCACUCCACAACGUGAAUGCCAGGAAGGUGGAGGACUUUGUUGCAGAAGGUGGAGGGAUACUGAUAGGCAGCCAGGCCUGGUACUGGAGUUAUGAUAACCCAGAUUCCAACUAUAUGAUUCAGUAUCCAAGUAACAGGUUCCUUAAGCGUGUUGGUCUUGGCAUUUUAAUUGAGUCAGGCAAUAAAGGCCGCUUCCCAGUCCCUAAGCCAGAGAUGUUGAAUUACCACAUCCGAAAAGUUCUACCCCAAUUUGAAUCCAUGCUGUUCAACAAGGGAAAGGUGUUAGAGAAGACCUGGCUGGAGAAGCUAAAAAAAGAUAUCUCCAAUAUGUUUCGAAUCCCACACAAUGGGAUUCCCAUCUAUGAGUCCGUGCACCAAAUCAUCCUGAAAAUGAUCAAACAAAAGGGCUUGCCCACUGUGGAUAAAGGAAACCCCAUCAGCAGGGCCAGCCCUCAGGAUCUCCUGACAGCCUGGGCCCGAGAGCUCUUCAAAUCUGGAACGCCCAUCUCUCUCUUGGUUGGUGAUAACUCCCCCCUCCCUUCCACGGAAUCUCCUGUCAGCAUUGAGAUCACCACAGACAACAGAGAUUCCUGGGUAAGCACCGGACUCUACUUACCUGAGGGACGAACUGCAAAAGUGACAGUGCCCGAGAACGCUGUUGCUGCAAAACUGAAGGUACAGAUUGGCUGCCACACGGAUGACAUAGGUGCAGCGAGCACCUACUACCGCCCCCCUCUGAUGACAUACCAGUACUACUUAAACGAAACAAACAAAAGCAUCUCCUGGCUCUGGGGAGGCCUCCUCUACAUCCUUGUGCCACGGAAGUACAACCUGGGCACUGUGCGGGUCACCAUCAGUGGGGCAGUGCGGGCUCCAUACUUCAAGCUGGGGAAGACAUCCCAGGAGGAGUGGAAGCGCUCUCUGCAAGGAAAUCCAGCUCCCUGGGGCGAGCUGGCCACAGACAACAUCAUCCUGACGGUGCCGACUGAAAACCUCAAGUCUGUAAAUAAUCCAGAGUCUCUGCUGCGGCUCUGGGAUGAGAUGAUGCAGGCUGCAGCCAAGUUGGCCUCUGAGCCUUUCCCCUACCGCAGGCCAGAGAGGAUUGUUACUGACGUGCAGAUCUCAAUAGGUUUAAUGCAUGCUGGGUACCCCAUCAUGGGCCUACUGGCAGUAGUGCCUGAGGUCAUUGAUGAGAAGAGAAUAAGAAGGUCUGGUGUUUGGGGUCCCCUCCAUGAGGUGGGCCACAACUUCCAGCGAUCCCCGUGGGUGUUCUAUCCCCACACUGUGGAUGCCGACUGUAAUCUCUGGACUAUCUAUGUGCAUGAGGGGAUUCUAGGCAUCUCCAGAGACAGGGCUCACCAAGCUCUGAGGCCAGAAAAUCGGAAGCAGAGGAUCAAAAUGCACAUGGAUAAGGGAGCCCCUCUGAGUAACUGGGAAACCUGGACAGCUCUGGAAACAUAUCUUCAGCUCCAGGAGGCCUUUGGGUGGGACCCAUUCAUCCAGCUCUUUGCUGACUACCAGGUCAUCACCAAGUAUCCCAGUGACAACGCUGGAAAGAUGAACCUAUGGAUGAAGAAGUUUUCUGAAAUAGUGCAGAAGAAUCUGGUUCCUUUCUUUAAAGCCUGGGGCUGGCCAAUCCAGAAGGAAGUGGCUAAUAGCCUGGCCUCCCUGCCAGAGUGGGAGGAAAAUCCCAUGAAAGAAUAUGUCAGAGACACCUCUGAACAUUCAUCCUCUAAAUGA